CUGCCACCAACCUCAACCACGUCUGACGUUGUUGUGUCCUGGCUUUCCGCGGGUCAGGAUGGUCACUCUGACCGCGGCCGAUGAUGUAUGGAUGAAACUGGUAGGCUCAGAUAUGCACUGUGGUUCGCCAGCAGUUGACGUGGCUGUUCACGGCCCUCCAGAAUAAGUCGAUGUGCAUGUUUUCGACUAUAACCCUCACGGGUGCCCACAUACCGGACUCCGUCACCCUUUCCAGGCGGGAAACGUUCCCAGCUCGACAAUAUGAUUUCCAUCACAGCAAGCUUCGAAACAGACCGGGUUGGAUCGCCGCAGAGCUGCCGAAGCACAGUGGUCACCUUGCUCUUGAGCUCGGAGAACGCAUAGGCGGCGGCAGGUCUGCUGUUGUCUAUUCAGCGAAGGUUGUCACCGCCGUGCCUGGUGUGGACUGCGGCUCUUCGAGUCGGACCACGGACCCUUCGAAGCAGGAGUUCUGCGUCAAGGUGGCGCGACCGAACCGCUGUCGCUCGCUCGCUCGGGAGGCAUGGAUGUACGAGCAGCUCACCGAAAAUAUAGUGCAAGGCGUCAUCACUCCGCGUUGCUACGGGCUUUUCGCCGCCGUCCUACCUCCAGAGCAGCUUCCCUUCCCUCUUUGGACAAGUGACGACUACUACCGCGACGCAUCGCCUGGACAUUGGGAGUCUGACGAUCCCACCCGCGACGAUGCCUUAUUUGACGACAAAGAUAAGGGCGGAGACUGCAUCGACUCUCCUCCCGGUGCUAGGGAGCUCUCAUCUUGGGUAGACUGGCGUCCCAACCCUGACGUGCCGCUUCUAUCGGUUCUCGUGAUGGCGCGCGCAGGGCGAAAAUACAGCCUGGCCGACGAUGAUUGGGUCAAGUCUAACCAGCGGGAUGUCGUGCAGAUUCUCGACGACUUAUCCCUCAACUACAUAAUGCAUCGCGAUUUCCGCCCGGACAACAUCGUACUUGCGCCGGCGGACACGCGAAAGUGCAAAGUACACAAACGUGUCCAUAAAUGGAACAUCAUCGACUUUGCCUGGUCGGUUGUCGAUGACCCCAGCAGUCCAGGGAAGUAUGAACUGAUUAGCGAUAUGCAACGAGCAUCGUUCAGGAAUCUGCACUUCACUUCUUGAUGUGCAACGUUGGAGCCUGACGUUAGCUCGUUUGUGUACCCCACAGUACUAGCCAUUGCAUGUUGCAGCAGGCUUGGACUGUUAACGUUUCGCGACAUGCAUUGACCAGCGUUAAACCUUGGAAUGCGUUUUGCGAGGUUGCGAAAUCAACAUUGUGUCUCUCACGUA